AUGCCGGCGGGCAAAAUCCCGCAUGUUUUUACCGCCCUGCCCACCGUCCGCGUCGUGCGCCCCAUCCGCACCGUCCGCACCGCCGUUCCUAGACCAGCGGUGUUCAUUAUUUCGUUGGCCGCCCGCAGCGCAGCGUCGCCUGGCGUUUUCCUCGCCCAACAUUUACAGGCCCAGGCCCAGGGCCCCGCCGGCGCACAGGGGACCCUCACAACAUGCUGGGAAUAUCCUUGCUCCCCCGGGCCGGCGGCGCACUUUCGCGUGCGCGGCCGGCCGGCCGCCGGGUCUCCGCCUGCCCCUCCCAGUCGGCCGGCCGGUACGGCUCCCCCGCCGCCGCCGGUGCGCUUCGGCGGGCCGCCCGCCCCUCCCAGCCGGCCGGCCGGCGCUUCGCCCCCCCCGCCGCCCGUUCGCACCGCCGGCGGGCCGCCGCCGCCGCCCUCGCGGCCUGGCGCCCCGACCCCCGCCUCGCCCGGGUUCUCCAGCCCUCCGGCCCCGGCCCCGGCUCCGGCUCCUGUGUCGCGGCCACCGCCGCCGUCCGGCGCCGGGCGUGGCCCGCCCCCUCCAUCCAGUGCCGGCGCCACUGGCGGCGCGCGCAAGCGCCCCAUCAAGCGCUCGGAGAUCAGUGGCCCGGUGUCCGGCACCUUCCAGCACCUGUCCCACUUGGGUCUCAGUGUUGAUGGUAGCUUCAAGAUCGAAAACCUCCCGGACGAGUGGCGCGCGGUCUUCAUCAAGGCCGGUGUCAGCGAGGAGGAGAUGAAGGACUCCGGCACCGCGGAAUUCAUCAUGAAGUUCCUGCGUGAUUCCGGUCUGCCGGAUGCGCGCGGAGCGCCGGCCGGCGGGGCCGCCACCUCCUCGAUGGCCGCGCCUCCGAUGGCCGCGCCGCCGCUUCCUGGCCGUGGCCCGCCGCCGCCGCCGCCUGCCGGGCGCCCGGCCCCCCCGCCGCCGCCCCCGUCUGGUGGUGGUGGCUUCGCCGCGCCGCCGCCGCCGCCGCCGCCGGCCGGUGGUUUUGGUGGCCCGCCGCCGCCGCCGCCGCCUUCCGGCGGCUUUGGCGCCCCCCCGCCGCCGGCGUCCGGCGGUUUCGGCGCUCCGCCGCCCCCGAGCCGCGGCCCGGCUCCCCCGUCUGGCGGUGGCCUGCUCGAGGCCAUCCGCGGCCAUGGCGGUGUUCAGAAGCUGAGCGCCGCCUCCGAGCGCCAGAUCGAGCCCAGCGCCGCCAGCCCCGGUGGCAGCGGUGGUGAUGCCACUGACUCCAUUGCGUCGGCCCUGCGCCAGGCCCUGAACGCUCGCAGUGACGCGUUCCGCGGCAACAGCUCCGACGAGUCUGAGUCUGACAAUGAUGAUUGGGACUGA